AUGUGGGACCAGCUGUUGAGGUUGUCGUUCACCAAAAAUGUACUUCAAAAUGCUCUUGAACAACCAGUUCGAACGAGUCUUGAUGAUAACAGUAGUCAUGCACGAUUGCAUCGUCAUUCGAAUGUGAUCAUAGAACAGUUACAUACAACUGAUGACUCUUCUUGUGAUUAUGACAACGUCGACGAUGAUAAUGAUAACGCUGAUGGUAGCAGCAGUGCUAGACUAGCUGACGUGCAGUCAUUCCAUACCGCAAGUGAUAACAAUAACAACGACAACAACCACGAUAAUGACAACAGUACAGAGACGAAAGGAAGUAAUGUGAUUGAUAAAAUGACCACUGAUCAUGGGACGCUAGAUGCCGAUGAUAACAUUGUUACCAGUAAUAAUAAUGAAAACAGCAGUAAAAUAAUUACCAGAAUAGAAUGUUCUUAA